GAAGCAUGCACCGUUAAAUAACAAACUAAACCAAAAUGGCUCCUGAGAAGAUUCCACAAGAAGCAAGAGAUCUCCACAAUAAACUAAUCACUAAUCUUCAUGAUUUCAUCAACUCUAAGGUAGACGCUCAUGAUUUCGAAAAGGUAAAACAUCGCUUAAAAAUGAAAUUACCUCCCUACGCGAUAAUGAACUGCAACAAUGUGCUGGACAUUGUAGAGAAGUUACAGAAGAAAGGGCAUGUGAAGCCUGGACAUUAUGAUGAUUUCAUUAAACUAAUUGAAUGUAUAGACGUUACGUGGGUUGAUGAAAUCAAUGAAAGAGCAGAGGAGAUUAAAAAAAUCAUCGCAGAAGCAAACAGACCCCAGACAGCAGAGUCGUCAGAGGAAAAUAAAAAGUUGGAUGGUAAAAAACGAAAGUUGGAAGAGGAUAACCAAGAAUCUCUGUCUGAAAAAUCAGAUGGACCAACCCAGAAAAAAGGAGCACAUUCAUCAAAAAAAAGAAGAUAUUCGAGAGAUGAAAAGCAAAAGGGGCUGGCUCUAAUUCUUAACUUCACAAAAGGCAGAGAAGGCACAGAAGCUGAUUUUAGAAACAUCCACAAUUUUUUUGAGAAGACAUUGAACUUUGAAUGCCAUGUAGAACAUGACACAACAAAACAAGAUCUAAUGGAAUUUUUAGAGGAAACAGCGGGUCUUUUCAAUAACAGACGUAAAGCAGCUGACUAUUACUGUCUUCUAGUCUUCAUAAUGAGCCACGGAAAUGAGGAGGGCAUUAUUACAGAUGACGACAAAACUAUAUCACUCGACGAAAUUGUAGCUUAUUUUAAAAACGACAAAUUAAAAUAUUUUGCAGGGAAACCUAAGUGUUUCUUCGUGCAGGCUUGUCGUGGUAAAUCUCCCCAGGGUACAGUGGAUUUGUCUGAUGAUAAGGAGGAAGUCAUGAUAGAUCAAGUGGUAGGAAAGAUCUCUACAGCCACAGAUGCUGAUCUCCUAAUGGCUUAUGCUACUACAUCAGGCUACUUUGCUUGGCGGAGGCCACACUUAGGUUCUUGGUUUUUCCACAACGUGAUAAAGAUUUUUAAGGACAACUAUCUGGAGGAGCACAUGGAGGACAUGCUAAUUGACGUGAAGGAGGCCCUGGCUUACGAUCCUCAAUGGCAGACCAAUACCGGCCACAAACAAAUGCCGUGUACGUGGUCCACUCUGACCAAACGAUUCUAUCUGGCGCCGGGUCAGAGUCCAGAAUAACAACAGUACUCCACAACGAUUGUCAGAACCUCAAAACAAUGUUGUGUGUUAUGGCUAGUUAGUGUAUGCAUUCUAAAAGUGAAUUAAUAUAAAUUUUAAACAUACAAAAACGGAGUUAUAUCACUUUUUAUUUGAAUUUCCUAAUAAACAAUUCUCUUCAAAUUGUUGUUUCCUAGGAAAUGACUCAUGGUUGGUAGAAAAGAAUAUUUCACUGGAAGCUGUUAUAAAAUUUAAAUAUAUAAAAGAGAAAGUUUUUUUUUUUUAAUAAAAAGUCAAAUCCUCUA